CCCUUCAGCUCCCCCGGGGCCUCUGACUCCCCCCCCCCCCAACCUCCCCUGUCCAUCAAAGCCUUGGGGCCUCGGACCCGCCCCUUCCCCCUGGGGCCUUGGACCUGCCCCCAGCCUCCCACUUUCUCCCCUUGUGGGAUCUCGGAUCCCCCUUCCUCCUGUGGGGCCCUCGGACACCUCUCCAUACUCCCCUCCCCCCGGGGACUUGGACCCACCCUUGAUGUCUUUCCUCUGCCACCACUGAAAGGCCUAAAGGAAAUCCCUUGAACCCGAACGAUGGAGGGCGGGAUCUGCCCAGCAUUAGCCAGGGGCAGAGUUAAGGGUAUUUGUGAGCCUUAACUGAAGCAUUGUCAACUCCAAGGGUUCAGAAUUCGGGGAAACUCACCAAAAUCAUGAAACUGGCUUACACAACAGGAGAUUUUAAUCUGAACGGAUGGUACUGUUCAGCAGACCCUUGGAAAACUUGCUCCUGAAGUGCUGAGAACCUACCAGGUACAGAUCCCUCUGAGUGCCCAUUGGGAGCUGAAGUCACUUAGCAUCUCACAGGAUGAAGCACGAUGCAGUAAAGCAACCUAGAAGACAUUGCCCUCCUUAUGGGAAGAGCCGUCGUUGGACGAUCCCACAGGCCACUUUGUGAAAUCCAUUCCAGUCAGCCAAUCUAGUCUCUUUUUCUUUCUGCUGUGGUGACAGGAGUGGAGGGCAGUGAUGCAGAGAAGCAGGGUUACGUUUCCCCUUUGGACAGAUGGGAAAUUGAGGUCCAGAGAGAUUUGGGCAGGACAAAUGCAACCCCUUGAGGCAAAGAGGGAGCCAGAGCAGCUGUUGAAGAACUGGGGUGAUUUUAUCCUAAUGCAGACUACUAACCGGCAGGCCAGCGCCUGUACUGCCUUUAAGAUCCUUCCCCCUACCCGCCAGUACUACCUUUGUCCUGUCCACAAGGAGCUUUUGCUGCUGUCUUGCUUAAGGGGGAAGAAACAAGGCCUAGUGCACCUGAACUCACUGAAACUGCAAACUGACGACCAGCAGGAAGAGCAGUGAUAAAUGGCCAUGACUGUCACUUUGAUACACUUCCGUGAUGAAGGAAGCCAGGCUGCGUUUCAUACAGCCAAGACAGCUCCUUUCCUGGGGACACACUUCCCUCUGGUGUGCAUGAGCAAGUGGUGAGCAAGCCAGUUAAUCUGCACAGGGAGUCUGGGAAGGACACACUGGAUCCAACACACCGGAGAGAAGUUGCAAAGGACAAGGGGAUACGUGGCUGAUAUUUGAACCUUGUUGUUCAUAAUGGAUAGGUUUUAACAUGGGCCAAGCGACUGGCAAGUGUCCACCCCACGCGGAUUCAAAGAAAACACUGGCAGUUCCCUGGAUGGGGAUGGUACCACUGGGAUUAGGUGCAUUCUCCAUGGUGACCAGCGUCUCUAGGACUGCGCUGUGGUGAUGUACAACACAUACAAAUGCCUGGCUCGAGACUGACCUGAUUGUCAAGCUUGGGCUAGGGAACUUCCCUCUUGGUCCAGACCUGCCCAGGUUUGUUGUUCUCAGGCCACACUGCAAUGUUCAUGUACGGUCCUGAUCCCGUCACUCCUGCGGUUACUCGGUGAUACGAUCGGUGUACUUGUAGUUACAGGGUUCAGCCAGUAGGAGUCUCUGUGUGUUGUGUAAAGUUCCAGGCAGGCUGCGAUCCCUGGUAAACAGGAGAGACAAAGCUGGGAUUGAGCUCUUGGCACAGCUGAAAAGCUCAGCCUUGAGACAGCUCCAACUGGCCUUCCAAAAACGGAGGCAUCCAGAAAUCAGUGGCCACCUUUAAAAAUAUGGUUGUCAGGUUUUGGGAAGCUGGAAGCACUGCAAGGCUGAUGUUUGCAGCAAGAGGGAGGCAGUGAUUGUCUUGGUGUCUGUCACACAUGGAGGCCCGGCACAACAUAUUCUAUCUCUCGAAGGGGCCCAGAUGCCACAAGUGAUGGACACAGGAUAAGAACCUGUAUAGAACUGAACACAACUGGUUAAUCGCUGCCUGGAUUUGAGCUGAUGGCUCCGUGUAGUCACAUGGCUGUGUUUUUAAUUGAUGACAGAGACACGUUAUCAGGCCAGAUCAUCAGCGGUGCGUCACUGAUGUCAAUAGAGCUGCUUUGAUUUACGCCAGCUGAGGAUCUUGUCCCCAAGGCUUUGGAUAGGUGAUUUUUUGCAUUCAUUAUAAAUUCAAAUAAAUAGCUAUCUCUCCAGGCAUUUUCUAAGCCAAUCCUCAUGUACCACAUCUCUGCUCUGUUAGAACAGGAGCGGUUUAUAGUGUUGUAUUUUUAUUUCUACCCUGUUUUUUCUUUGCUCUAAGUCCAGGAUAUCACAGACCUGUCACAGAUACAUAUUUCCCUCACUCUCUGGCCUUCUCUCCCCCCCCGCCCCCACUCCUCCCGGUCCUUGUGGCUUAGAGGCGAUUAUUGUGGCUGCGUUACUGUGUUACUGUAACGUGUUGGAUAGAAAGCCCCAGAGCAGCUGAGCUGCUGUCGCUCUCUGAGUCAGAGCAAAACCACAUUGCAGAUGUUGAAGGAGGUGAAAGGAACAGACUAGGGAAAUCUGUCCUGUUCUCUCCUUCCUCAUCCUCCUUUGUAAUCUUGCAAGCUGAGUGUUGCUGGGACCUUUACUGCCACAGACUCCCUGUGUGACCUCGGACAAGUCACUUCCCCUGCCUCUGUCUCAGUUUCCCUGUCUCUAAAAUGGGAAUCAAAAUGAUCACCAAAGUAUUCCGAGCAGGCGGGCUGUGGCAAAUUAAGUAAUUCUGGCAGAAGCAUUUUGGGGUCCUUGGGUGGAAGGCACCAGAGCUGGGCAGAGGGUGGUUAUUAGGUUAGAUUGUGACUCCUUCUGAAAAACAGCAUGCCUGAUGUCCAUUAAGCACACAGGCCACUGUGUAUCCCAUUCCUUCCCUGGCGGGGUCUCCAUCUUAACCCCAGGGAAUCUCAGGAUUAAUUCUCUUCUUGCAUUUCCAUGGUUUUAUUGCUUUCUCUAAACUCUGUUGGUUAGAUAGAGGACUGAGAGCCAGGACUCCUGGGUUGUCUUCCCCGCUCUAGGAAGGGAGUGUUAUCUAGUGGUUAGAGAAGAGACUGGGACUCAGGACUCCUGGGUCCCAUUCGUAGCUCUGGCACUGACUUACUGUGUGAUGUAAAGCAAGUCACGUCCCUACAUGCAAAAUGGAGAUGUUUCCUUUCCUGCUGGGCUUGUGAGAAGGUCGUUAAUUAAUAUCCUUAAAGAGUUUUGAAGUCCUCUGCUGGAUGCAGAUUAUAAUGAUUUCAGCUGUUAUUGUAGCUGAGUGCUGCACAAGGACGCUAUUGGUUGCCUCUUACUUGCUUCUUUUGCCUCAUGUAUGCUUCAACAUAAGAGCUUCACCAGGCCAGCCAUUAAUCGCUUGUGAAACUCACAAACCCACAGAACUCCAACACAAUGACAGUGUCGAUUGCACUGAGGUGUCUUGCUCCCCGGCCUUCUCUUGGUACAGUGGCAUAAUGAACCCUUGAAUAAUAAAGACAAUUAAGACCAAACCUCAGUGGUUUAAAUGUCCCAGCUCAUCUACCUACCCCUUAGCGAUGGUGCCUGCUGGUGGAUGGGAGAUUGGAAAAAAUGCUUCUAUAAUUGAAGGGUUUUAAAAUUGUAGAUAGUUAAUUUUUUAAAAUAGAAAAUAACUUUAGUGUAACUGUUUUAGAAUACAGGUAAUGCCAGGGGGUUAGCUGGCCCAUAUUGGUAAAGUGAUUUUAAGCUUUAAUUGUAUUAGUUACUGGUUGACAUCCAGUGUAGGCAAGUAAAAGUCAAAAAGGGUUCCCCAUUGAUGGUUUUUGGGUGGCUUAGUGAUAGAUCUGAGCUAACGAGAGUUGUGGCAUUUAGGCUCACAGGUGCUGACUAAAUACCAUUAGUGCAGAGGUUCCUGCAUAAGUGAGACGAGACGUUCACAUCCUCUCUGAUCUUAGACGGGAUUCUCUGUCCUGCCAAAACUUCUCAUGACCAAAACAUUCUACUGCCAUGGUACCACUAGGUGGCAGAGCUAACCCUCUGAUGACGGAGGACUCUGCUGCAUUUAACCUAGGCCGUGAAGGCUUGCGGGUUUUGGUACCCACCUAGCAUGGUGAUGGGGGCUUUAAAAAGGCUGGAGGAGACUGCAGAAUAGCAGCGUUUAAACACAAAGGUGUACCAUUGUGUGUGAGAGAGAGAAGUGGAUGAGGGUGGGUAGACAGAGAGAGACCCUGGAUGGAUGGUACCCAGCCGUGUUCUCUGUAAAAGGAAAUGCUUCUCCUUUCAGUUUCAUUCAGUGAAUACAGAGCUGCUUUGUGUUCCUCUCAUGCCUUGCACAGAUCAGUUUGCACCAUGUGGAUGAUUAUUUCACAUGACAUGUCAGGGCCCUUCCGCUGGUUGGCAUGACAGGUGCCUGUGAUGAUCAGGGAUCAUAUCGCUGCUUAAACCCAGGCAGGUCCCUAGCUGGUCUUUCGGGACCCUGGAGCUGGGACUGGAUCUCUGAGUGCAGAGAGGUGGGGAGGAGCAGGGUGGGUGAGAAAGCUUAGCCCAGUGUGACGUGUGGGAGAGGCGCAGAGGAGGGAGAGAAGAGAGACCAGCUGGGUGCCCCUCCUGGGAUGGGAUGUGCUGUGCUGCCAAGAUGGAGGGGGAGGCUCUUGAGCUGCUGCCAAAUAGACCAUCCAGUUCUGAGCUACUGAAACUCGGCCAGCACAACCCUUCCUUCACCCCCCUCUGCAUGGGAAGUGCCUGGUGCCCUCCCCAUCAGCCUCACCCUCUGCUUAGGGUGAAUUCCACCCUCCGCUCUCCUCCUCCUCCAAUCCGUGGCCGCCUCCUCCAGUGCUUUCCAGCCCUCGGGGAUAUGGCGAGAGGCGUUGCAGUCUGCUGUGGGUCAUAUCCGCGGCUCUCAGUCCGUGGGGAGCGUGGAGCAGCCUCACGCCACCGGCAGAGCCAGCAGAGCUGGGGUGACUAGUCCAGGGAGAGGAGAGAUAAGGUGAGGGGGCUGAGGGAGAUCCAGGAAGAGGACAAAUGGAGUCAUGUCACAUGUAGGCUUCUGAAUGAAGUGGGGAUUCUGGGCUCAGCCCGUUGAUGCUCAGGGCCCUUGAAACGGCUCCAGGGCGGGUGUGACUGUAACUGACGCUUUCUUCGAGGCCCCUUCAUGCUGCCAGAGGGGUGAGAAGGGUCCUUGAGGUCCCUGGGAAUCAGGCUGAUCGGACCCUGCAGGCCAGUAUCGAAUGUCUGAGCAAGGCCACCGCUCUUGACAACAAGAGACGUGUUGCUGUUGUCAGGGAGAUGUGAUUUUGACGUUGGUCUGGGCCCGCCAGCCUGUCUGCUCACAAAAUACCCAGAGCUGUCACAACCAAAUGGGAGGUGGGGGUGGCUCUGAUCACAAGGACUAGCUGUCUGUCUAUCCCCGUACACACCCACUCAUCCAUCCCUCCCCACACACAGCUACUUGUCAUCACGUUUCUAAAACACUCAUCGCUUAGGCAUUGAGUUUACCAGCCCUCAGCUCCAUCCUUGGCUUCCAAAUCUCUCUCACUUGAACCCAGAUGGAGGUGGCGUUCCAGAGCCACCAAUCUCCCUAGCACUCUGGAGAACGGACGUAUCCGUGUGGGACGGUGUUCAUCUUUCCCUCCUCUCUGAGCAGCUGGAUUGCAGCCAUUGUGCUAGUCGGUGCUGUGACCACUUCAGCUCCCCCAAGUCAGGGCGAGUGAGUCCUUGGAGUUCCACCAUCCCCACGGGAAUCCUGGGCAGAGCUGCUCCAUCUGGGCAGACCCUGCCAUGGAGGGUUCCUCUUUGUCUCAGCCUGCUCUGUGGGGUUGGGGAAACAAGGGAUUCCCCCUGGAGGGAGUGGGGUGGUAGGGCCUGCUGAGCACAUGGAUUCCCAAGCGGGGACCUUUGUCCCUGCGGUGGGUGGCUGUCUGGGUUUGUGGUUAAGGCACGUGCUGGGGAACGGGAAAUGGUUCUGCGCUGGGCACUGCUAGGGCCAGUCAUAAAUCAGGCCUUCACAGUUCAGAUCUGAUGGCCAGGAGGGACCCGAGGCUGAGCUGCUGCCUAGCACAGGGCAGAGAAUUCCACCUGUCAUCCUGCACGGAGCCCAGGGCUUGUAUCUGGCUAAAGCGUCACUUCCAAAAAGACUGGAGAACUACUGGCCCAUGUCAGGGUGGGGGCUGCAGCCUCACUGACCUAAUGGGAAUUCUGUGCAGGGCCUUGAAUUCUGGGUGCUCUGCGGUGCAGGGGGGCAUAACACCAUGGCUAGCAGGGAGAACCUCGCCUUCCUCCUCCCCGGGUUACUUGUCCUUGUGCUCGGGCCGAGGGAAGGGCGGCGACUGAAACCAAGGUGAGUGGUUGACGAGAUGGGAGGCUCAUUACGCUCCCCUUUCCACUGCACUACCUGGUCAGGAGCCAGACCCAACUGGGCGCUCCGUGCCUCAGUUUCCCUAUCUGCAAAAUGGCCAGCCCCACCCGCAGGCACCUGUGGGGCUAAAGCUGCUGCUGUUUGUAAAGGGCUGUAGUGGGAGGGAGGUGAGGUGGACUUUUGCGAAGAGGCAAUGACUGGAGAAGGAAGUAACACCUAGAGCUUGUGGUCUGAGGGAGCUGCGGCUGCUGUGUAGCUGUGACUGUUGUCUCAGCGCCUUCACCAGUGACGGGGGAAGCAAAGCUCCCAGGAGGCAAAUCCACCAUGCUGCGAGAGCAUGGGCUUGGCCAGCACCCGGCUCCCCCUGCUUGCUUUCCUGGCUCUAGCUCUCCGAGCCCCAGAUCCUGGAUUAUUCCAAGCACCGACUGCCCACCGCCAGGUGAAUGGGAUUCUGGGAGGAUCGGUCUUGCUGUCUGUGGAUCUAUCCCCCGGGAAAAAGGUGAAAGAAAUCGAAUGGAGCUUUCGUGCUGGGUCAGGUGUGACGAUCCAGCUGGCUGAGUUCACUGGGGGGAAGUUUGAGCGACCCGAUCCCAGUGAUAGAUUUAAGCAGAGGCUAGAAAAGUACAACGAGACCUCGCUGAGGAUCAAGGUUCUGGAGCUGGACGAUCGCGGAGUUUAUGAGGCCCGGAUUAAGAUAGUACCAGCAACUGUGGAGGAACAGGCCUUUCUCCUCGCGGUCUAUGAGCCUGUUCCAGUGCCGGAGAUAAAGAGUCACUCGCUCUUCAGCACGGCAGCUGGGUGCAAUGUCACUCUGCAGUGUGAGGUGUCUGGCAGGGAAGAGGUUAACGUCUCCUGGAGGAGAGGGAACCCACCUCGAGACCUGGGCAAUUUGGAGCGGUACCAGCUCACUCCUGAUGGCAGAACCCUUCACCUGUCUCUGCAGCCCAACCCCCUAGACUCGACCUUCACCUGCAUGGCCAGCAACCCCAUGGACCAGAAAAACAUCUCUCUUUACCUGCAGAGCAUCUGUCAAAGUGGAGGAGCGGCUCCCAGUCCUUGCCGUUGGAAAGCCAUUAUUGGGGCGCUGUUCCUGGGACUCGAGAUCAAUGCCGUGGUCCUUGUGAACCUGCUGCACAGAAAAAUGCUGUAAAACUGUCGGCUGGGCUAGAACCUCGUGUCGCAGAUGCCUGAUGAGAAGGUGGACAGGCUGACGGGGAGGCGGGGGGAGCAGGCUAUCAGGUGAAAUCCUGGCCCCAGUGAAGUUAAUGGGAGUUUUGCCAAUGACUUCUGUGGAGUCCAGAUUUCACCCCCAAGUGUAGCAUGGUCCCCAGAAUCUCCAGUGAAAUGCCCCUGUUCAUUGGAGAAUCGUCCGAGCAAGCUUUGUCUAAAGGAGAUGUUUCUCCACAGGAAAGAGAAAUAAAAGUACUGGAUAUUUGAGAGUA